UCCAGGCAAGCAGAGGCGGAAGUCCCUAUGCCUCCAAGUAACAUGGCGUAAGUUUGCCGAUCACAAGUAGACCGGGAGCCCUUAGAUGGGCAGUGAAUGUAUACACUGCAUCGAGAGCGCCCAAGCCUGAUUAGGUUUCCUCCGUACCUCGUCACCUCUCGCUGUGCAAAGGUUUUCGCAGCUUGGAAAGCCGGAGUGGCGAGAAAGGAGGCGAAUUGAUCCCAGAAACAUCAGGAAAAACUCCCACCUGGCUGGCAGAAUGGUGGAAAAGAAAAUUUCAGCCAACAAGAGUCUGGACUGAUUAAAACAUUCUUUCGUACAUCUGUUUUGGCUUUCGUUCCUGGACGGAGAAUGGGGGGUCAGAACAGAAAUCAAUGUACAAGGUCUCAGGACCCUGGGCAGAGGCGUAUUUUGGACCGGGCCACCCGCCAGCGCCGUCUCAACCGCCAGUUAGAGGCCCUGGAGAAUGACAACUUCCAGGAUGACCCUCAUGCCAAUAUGCCACAGCUGGUGAAGCGUUUGCCUCAGUUUGAUGACGAUGCCGAAACAGGGAAAAAGAAGAAGAAAACCCGCGGAGACCAUUUCAAGCUGCGCUUCCGUAAAAAUUUCCAGGCAUUGCUAGAAGAACAGCAGAACCUCAACACCAGCGAGGGCCCCAACUACCUGACCGCCUGCGCGCCCCCUUCCAAUUUGCCGCAACGUCAUUUCUGCACGGUGUGUGGCUUCCCUUCAAAUUACACCUGUGUUUCUUGCGGCGCCCGCUACUGCUGUGUCAAAUGUUUGGGAACACAUCACGAAACCCGGUGCUUGAAGUGGACAGUUUGAGUUACGCCAUGAAGAUUUCUAAGAAUUCUUAUCUUAUAAAGAGGUCCAUUCAAACAACCAGCUUGUCUCCCUCACGGGACAAAUCUCCCUGCCGCGAAGAGGUGUCAACUGGACUGUAAUUUGCGUUUGAGUAAUAAAAUGUUUUUGUGUUUUGUA